AUGUCCUAUCCUUCUCUGACUUUCUAUCAUUUACGUCUCUGUAUCUCCCCUAUCUUCGCAUUCGUAAAUUCCCAAAACCGUUACAAUGGCAAUGCCGGCACCAUAUCUCACACAAGGCGUUAUAGGAAACCCACUCCUGAAUUGCCUUCUGGCCUCUUCAACUGGAUCAUCCCCUUCUUCAAGAUACCAGACACCUACAUUCUCAACAAUGGCUCUCUUGACGCCUACUUUUUCCUCCGCUAUCUCAAGGUCUUACGAAAUAUUAGCCUCGUUGGUUGUUGCAUCGUCUGGCCGAUCCUCCUCCCGGUACACGGCACCGGCGGCAAUAGUCUUCAACAGCUUGACCUCCUGACCAUUGGUAACGUCACCUCCGGGUCCUCAAGACUUUGGGCCCAUGCUAUAGUUGCUUGGUUAUUCUUUGGCUUCGUGCUCUUUACAAUUGUCCGAGAGUGCAUUUACUUUGUCAACCUGCGCCAGGCAUACCUUUCGUCUCCCUAUUAUGCCGACCGACUGUCGUCCAAAACAUUGCUCUUGCUGUGUAUCCCAAAGCCUUAUCGCGAUGAAGCUCGACUUCGAAAGCUCUACGGCGAUUCUGCGAAGCGCAUCUUCCUACCUCGUACAAGUAAAGAUCUCGCGAAUCUGGUUAAAGAGAGAGAACAGACAGCUAUGCGACUAGAGAAGGCCGAGAUUGCUCUUAUUAAGAAGGCCAACGCCGCGCGCAACAAAUAUCUUCGCAAGAACCCCCAAUCUGUCAAUGUGCUUUAUCAAACGGCUAGCAAAGAAACCGAGACUUCCUCAAAGAACGAGAUAACCACUCUGGAUAGUGGCGAAACCGUCCAGCAAUCCAACAGUCCGAUCGAGGUAACCUCACCCGGGUCCCAACUUGGAGAGGAUAUAGAGAAUCAGGCAGGCUAUACCAACGUUGAGGGGAGCGUCAAGCAGGUCAAUCUCGAGGAGGAGGAAGAAAUCAAAGCAGAGGACUUGGACUAUGUGCAUCCAUAUGGCCUCAGACCCGACUUGGCGGACGUCAGAGGCUCCGUCGCAGCCCAAUGGAUACCAGCGGAAGCCCGGCCGUAUCAUCGGCCAAUCGGUAAUUUUGGCCGUCGAGUUGAUACAAUCAAGUGGACUCGCAAUAGGAUCAAGGAACUCAAUCUCCAGAUUUACAAAUUGCGACGCCAAAUCAAGAGAGGCGAUGCUGAGCCUCUUCCGGCUGCGUUUAUCGAAUUUGAUACGCAGGAGGCUGCCCAUGCCGCACAGCAAGUUGUUGUGCAUCAUUUGCCGCUGCAGAUGGCUCCCGGGCUGCUCGGCAUUCGCCCAGACGAGGUCAUAUGGGAAUCUCUGCGGAUGAAAUGGUGGGAGCGCAUUAUACGACGCCUGCUGAUUCUCAGCGGCAUCACCGCCGCCAUCAUCUUUUGGUCUAUUCCCUCUGCAUUUAUCGGCAUAGCAUCCCAACUGGACUUUUUAACCGAAAAGAUUCCCUUUCUUCACUGGAUCAACAAGUUGCCCAGCUUUCUAAUAGGCGUUAUUAGCGGUCUUCUUCCACCAUUCGCCUUGUCUGUGCUCAUGGCGCUGGUGCCGAUUCUGUUGAGAAUUUGCGCUGCUCAAGCUGGCAUUCCAUCGCUGAUCAUUGGAGAAUUCUUUACCCAAAAUGCCUACUUUGCGUUCCAAGUCGUCCAGGUCUUCUUGGUCACUACUAUCACUUCGGCCGCCUCGGGUGCGCUCCAGGACAUUAUCGAAAACCCACUGGGUAUCCAAUCACUUCUCGCACAGAACCUGCCCAAGGCGUCGAAUUUUUACCUGUCGUAUAUCUUGGUCCAAUGCUUGGCUACGGGUGGCACCCAGCUGCUGCAGUUGUUUUCCUUGACUCGGCACCACAUCGUGGCGAAAACGUCGGAUGUGCCCAGGAGACGGUUCACAACCUGGCGUAAGCUUCGGCCAGCUCGCUGGGGCGGCAUCUUUCCAGUGUUUACAAACAUGGGAGUGAUCGGUAUGUACCGCUUUGAUUUCGUGCCCCCUGAAAGAGGAAGUAUUAUGCUAAUGGAAAUACGACUUGCAGCACUUUCAUAUGCCUGUAUUGCGCCGUUGAUCCUGAUAUUUAGCGCGGGAGGCAUGGCCUUUAUAGGACUUGUCUGGAAGUACAACUUGAUCUAUGUUUUCGACACCACAACAGACAGCAAGGGUCUCUUCUAUCCGCGCGCCCUGCAGCAGUUAAUCAUUGGCCUUUACCUGGCAGAGAUCUGUCUGAUUGGCCUCUUGAUUUUGAAUCGUGCAUUUGGGCCCAUGGGCAUCGUCAUUACCCUCCUUCUUCUAACGGGCUUGGUUCAUUUCCUGCUUAGAGAUGCUAUUUUGCCCCUCAUGUGGAACUUGCCGCAGACGCUGGCAGUGGAGGAACAGAUCCAAGAAGAAGAAAAGGCAAAACUCGCGGUCCACAACGAAGACGGAGAAGCACAUGGAAACGACGCGGGCGGUGCAGCUGCAAGCUACUUUGACGUGGAACAAGCAUUUGGAGACGAAGAAGAGAUCGAGAUGGAAGAAUUUGACGUAGAUGAUCAUCACGUUGUCUCCAGCAGGGGCCUCGAAGGCGCCAGCAGUAUUCGAAUGGCGCUGACAGCGUGGAUGAAAUCUGCUGCCAUAGAAAAAGCCAAGACCGAGAUGGAAAGGUCCGGGCUUAACGCAAUGUUGGACAAGAUGUUUGCAUUUGCGAAGAGUGGAGAUGGAGAAGGGCCUCCUGGCUUUCUCGCCAGAUGGCUGCAUCCGGAGGAGCACGAAGAUUUUGUGGCAUUGCGCAAACUGAUUCCCAAAGACGAACGGCCGCCUGUUUCGUACACGAGCGGGGACAAAUACGCUACCUACCAACCCCCGGAGCUCUGGACACCGAAACCCAUCCUCUGGAUACCAAGGGAUGAAGCCAGAGUGAGCCGACAGGAGGUGGCACACACUCGGCUUUCCACGCCGAUAUUCGAUUUGGGAGCAACACUGAACGAAAAGGGACGGAUUAGUGUUGAUCUAGACGCAGCUCCAUUUGAAGAGCAUAGGAUGAUAUUGUAG